GGAUAGUUGACUUUCAAAAAAUUGUUGGCACCUUUAUGGGAAUGGUCGAUUCUGUGGCUAAAGAGGUUGAAGGUGAGAAGAUGAAGGCAAUUGGAGCUCGUAAUCUGCUGAAAUCCAUCAGCAAACAAAGAGAGUCUCAACAACAGCAGCUCCAGGCUUUGAUCACGGAGAAGAGGAUGCAGCAGGAAAGGUUAAGGAUACAGUAUGAUGCUCUUGUCAAGGAAGAAGCCGGCCAGAACGAGUUUCUGGAGCAGCUGAUAUUACAGAAGUGA